GUUUGACGCAAGACAUGUUGGAGCAGUCGACGGAAGAAAUUGACACAGAACGGGUGGAGUUGUGAUUGACCUUCUCCGUUAUGAAGUUGGUUGUUUAGCUUCAAAUCAAAACUAUAACUUACAUAAAUAUGGUUUACAUAUCAGCAGGUGGACAAGUAGUCCAAAAUGAUGGUUGGUCAAUCCAGAAAGUCAAAAGAACAUUCUGGAAUUUUGUAGAUGGUGUUCUACUCUUUUUCCAGACCCUUAUAAGUCCUGCAUCAAAUCGAAGAGGCAGUAGAUAUGUUACACAGUAUGGCGCACCUGGAUCAAGUGGGAGGUCUCAAAGACGUAUAGGAAGGCCAGGAAAUGUAAGUGGAGUAGCUGCACCUCCUUGUGGAGCUGGAGGAGGAUGAGGUUAAAGUUUGACCAUGAUUGAAAAAUUAUAGGUCUGACUACUUCCGCACAGCCAAUUCCUGCUUAAGUUGUUGAGCAAAAUGAAAUGGUAAUAUCAAACCCUUUCUGGGAGAAUUUCCAUAGAUGUAAGAAAUGGCUUGUGUGAAAAUGCAUCUUAACAAAUACAAACAGAAUUUUAUUUGUGAA